AUGGAGUGGGAACCGGCGGAACGAUCGUGGGACGAGGACCGAUCAUAUGGAUGGCACCGUUGGGAUUAUUCACGGAAGUAUCUCAUCCAGUCAGAACGGUUCCGAGCGGCGAAAGGGACUGCGAUCGUGGGACCGCGAUCAGGGGACCGCAAUCUGGCGUGGACCAUGCCCUGA